CGCGCCCGCCUGAGCCAGCGGAACCAGUCAGCCAGCUGCUCGGGGACAUUCCUGUCUUGUCUUCUACAACUCGCAGCGAAUGACACAGUUGGACGACGUGAGCUGGGUUUAAGGCAUUUUCCCAGUCAGACCAGUAAGACGUGAGAGGAUGUGGAGCGUCAUCCCUCCUGCCAGACCUCUCUGAAACUUUUGUAGGUGAACACAACGCGGGGAGGAGGAGACGUGGGAGCAGGACCCCGCAGCCUGUGUGUCGGUCACCGGAGACGAUGGGAGACGUUCAUUAGAUCCACUACGGCACGGAAACACCAUGGCUGUGGACGCGGCAUCCAGCUUCAGUUUCUGCAGGCCAGCUGUAGAGUACAGGGCUCUGCCUGAGGACUUCAAGCACCAGCUGAGUCGACGCACAGGUGGGAACCUAACCUGGCAUGACGGGCGGGGACAGAAAACAGCAGGAGGCAGGACAGUGAAGCUGCUGCAGCAGCCCGGCACAGAGGCCCUGCAGUACCGUUCCAGUGACAGUUAUGGGAUAUAUCACACAAGCCCAACACAGCCCAACCUGAUCCGCCCCGUUGUGCUCUGGUCACAACAAGAUGUUUGUAAAUGGCUGAAGAAACACUGUCCACACAACUACCUAACCUAUGUGGAGGCGUUCUCCCACCACGCUAUCACAGGCCGUGCGUUGUUGCGUCUGAAUGGGGAGAAGCUGGAGAGGAUGGGACUGGUGCAAGAAACACUUCGGCAGGAGUUGCUGCAACAGGUGCUGCAGCUUCAGGUGCAGGAGGAAGGACGCAACCUGCAGCUGCUCAGCAGAGGUUAUCUUGGAAAUAUAUCAUAGCCAGGUUGAAAGGAGCUGGAAGAAGUGGAUGCUGUGGAAUCAUGGGAUGUUUACUCAAAUAAACUCAAAAGUGGAUCAGAUUUGUGGAGUAAAUGCAUCCAGCGAGCAACAAUAUCCAGAAUUGUGUUGUUAACUGGAAGUUGGCAGCUUUUCAUUCCCCAUCUGCACGAUGAACAGACAUAAAUUUUACAGACUAUGAACUAUGAUGAAGAAGCUCCAUGACAAUCUGUUUUCUCAAUUUUUGCUCUAUUCUGUGAUUAACUAUUAACUAUUUCCCUCUUACUGUCUCUACCUCUUUCUCUCUCUCUGAAACUUUUUUAAUGUCAGAAAGCAAAACAAAUAAAUCAAAAUAUCAAAA